CCUCCGCGCCGGGCGGGAGCGGCCGGGGGCCCGGCUGGGGGCGCGGCCGCCCUUUUCCCUCCCCUCCUCCGCGCCUGCUUAGGUGAGGGAGCCGCGUCCCGCCGCGCACCUCGCUGCCAUGACGCCGCCGUGGCCCCGCGGAGCCCUCUGCUGCGCCGCCCUGCUGCUGCUGCUGCUCUGCGCGGCGCCCGAUGGUUCAAGAGGAAAUAAGCUUAAACUGAUGCUUCAAAAACGAGAAGCCCCUGUUGCCAUUAAGCCUGAGGUGUCAGUGAGAGAAAACAAGGCCAAAGAGUUCUUAAGCAGCUUGAAACGUCAGAAGCGCCAGCUAUGGGACAGAACUCAACCUGAUGUGCAACAGUGGUACCAGCAGUUCCUGUACUUGGGAUUUGAUGAAGCGAAAUUUGAAGAUGACACCUCCUACUGGACAAGCUUAGGCCGGGGCGGUAACGAAUACUAUGGUGGAUAUUACCAACACCACUACGAUGAAGAUUCACCAAUUGGUCCACGAAAUCCACAUACCUUCAGGCAUGGAGCAGGUGUCAACUAUGAUGAUUACUAAUGCCAUUUACCCUGCUAUAGUUAGUAUCUAUAUGGCUGUGUUGAGCUUGGCUGAGUCUUCCCUCAGUCAACGAUGCUGCUUUCCUACUAGCUAUUCACAUAAAACAGCAAGAAUAAAGGAACUGCGAGAUGCAAUAUGACUUUUUUUUAUGGUUACUUAGUAGUACACUAUAUAUAAGUGUUAUAGAAAUAAAGCUUUUUUGAUAAAAUAAA